CCGUCGCUCUUUCCCUCUCAUCGGGGAAGGCGGGACGGUAUUAGCCGGGCAGGGCGUUCUUUCCGCGGUCACAGGCGGCGUAGUCGUUCUAGGGGUGGGUCUUUCUUGGCAGAGGAAAACCCACCUUUUUCAUUGUUUGGAUCUCGAAGGAAUGUGAUGGUUUGAUCUCGCGGCGCAAGGGAGGGGGUGAGAGAAGGAACUAGCGAGGACCCUGCUGAGAGCUGCUCUAUUCAUCCUCAAAAAGUCAAACGCGACUGAGUGCUUUGCCCUUCCAGAGAGCUACCUAAAAUCGCCGUCGUACUUCUCCCGGCGCUCAAGGUGGUCAGAACUCACUUGGAUAACUAGUGAUAGUGGAGAAGACUGAAAUAAAGUAUUCAAAGCACCCUCCUGAAGGCAGGAGGAAAACGGGGACCUUUCCUUUUAUAAUUUCUUCUCAAGAGUCCCAGACCACUUAGAAAACACCGCCAUACAAAUGUGUACCCCUCCAUCAAACAAUCAUAAAGACCUCACAGUAGAUUAGUAUCAGAAAGAAAAAAUGACAGACACAACAAGUCGCCAUCUGAGACACAAGUUGCAGAGCUUAGGACGACGUCUGGAUGAGCUUGAAGAGGCCAGAGGCAAAUUACAAAAAGCUGAAGAUGAACUUCUUGACAUUCAGGACAAAAUUAUUCAGGCCGAGGGGAGCAAUUCCUCACUGCUUGCCGAUGUGGAGACAAUGCGGAAGAGAUUGCUCAAAAUUGAAGGCAAAGAUGAAGAGGUCAGGAAAGCAGAGGAUCUUUGUCGUGAGGUUAGGGAGAAAUUAGAUCAGGAAGAGAAACUUACCAAGGAUCUCAAAUCAGAGAUUGAGCGCCUUCAGCGCAGAAUGACUGAACUUGAGAAGCUUGAAGAGGCUUUUGGUAAAAGCAAGUCGGAUUGUACCCAGUUGUGCCUUAGUCUUAAUGAAGAGAAAAACCUGACCAAAAAGCUUGCAGCAGAGCUUGAUACCCUGAAGGCCCGUGUUAAGGAAGUGGAUACCUCUGAAGCUCGACUAGACAGGGCAGAAAAAUCCCUUACUGCAGAAAUGGAGAAACUAAAGAGUCUCACUCAGACUUUUGUGACUGAACGCAAAAGACUUUUGGAAAGGCAGAGAGAGGAUGAGAAAAACAUACUCAAGUUGACUGAGAAGCUUGAACGUCAAAAAAACAAACUAGGCCCAGCUGACCAUAGCCGAUUUGAUUCUAGAGAUCUUCGAAUUGAGGAUGAGUUCUCAGCAGGCCUUACAUGCAAACUGGCCAGGAAGAAGAGUCUUGAUUACUUAAAGCUUUCAGGUGACCUAGAUUUGAGGAAUGAGUCAGAGAAUGAGAAAAAUAGUUUGGAGGGGCAAGAAGAUAAUAAGGUAAAAGACCUCAGCCAGGAAGUAGAAAGAUUGAAGAAUCGUUUGAAGCAGAUGGAGUUAGUGGAGGAAGACCUGAAGAACAUGGAAUCCAAGAAUGCUGAACUGAUAGAAAAGUACCAGCAGGAGAGAAACCGUAGUCAAGCUCUCCAUGAUCAGGUUGAGCAGAUGAAAAUACAGCUCAAUGGUUGCAGCAGCAGUAAUGGAAAUUCUGCAAUUACUAGCACUACAAAGGUCCUAGAGAAUGGUAAGGCAGAAAUUGAAGAGAUCCAUGUACGAGGCUUCAGACAGGAGAAACCUAAAUUGCUAAAUAGGAGUCCUGCUGCUUCUGAACCAGUCACCUCAAAGUAUAAAAGCAGAGAAGCAUCCCCUCAGCAGAGGCGAGAAACUAAGCAAAGGAACAAAGACCUGUGUCAUUCCACAGAAAGUUCCCCAAAGACUGUACGAAGGACUCUUAGUCCAGCACAUAGUGUCAGGAAAGGUGUGAAGUCUGCUUCUUCCAGUACUACUUCUGAUAAUGGGACAAAAGAUGGAAAGAAAGAUGAAAAAAUUGUAAGUGCCUCAUCAAGUACUCUCAGUGAAAGCAAGAAAGUUUCAGUCCUUAGUCGCUAUCCUCCAGCUGCUAAUGAUCAAAAAUCUUGGAAGCCAUCUGUCAAGCAAAUCGACAGUGAUAGCAAUAAGAGUCGAACAGAGAAGUUGUCCAGGUACCCUGGAAAUGAUAGUGAAUCGAACAACUCUGAUGGGUCACUCCUUAUUUCAGCCAGUGCUGCUGUCAUUGCUUCAUCUGAGAAAGGACUAACUGAACCAACAAGUCUAGAUCAGGAUGCUUCUUCAGUGUUGACUAUGUCCAAGGCAAAUGGAUCCUAUACUGCUUACAGAUCCCAUGUAUCUCCAUCUGUUCUGAGUGACCACGGUUCUGAUGGUCACUCCUCAGCUUCCGAAACAGAAUCUACUGGCUCCAGACGAUCUGCAGGUGAGCAAAAUGACCCCCUGAUGUCAAGUGGAAGAAAAUACACUAGAUAUUCACGGCUGCAAGAAUCUUACUCUGAUGGUUCCUCUAAGAUCCCCUUCAGUGAGGAGCAACAUAAGCCUCUUACGGUGGAAGUGGAUACACAGGAAACUACGCAUUCUACCUCAGGUAUUGAGGUCCGCAGGGUAUGCAGCCCUCGUGAAGCCCUCCGGUCAAAAGCUAUCAUCAAGCAAGCCAUUGUUGAGAUUGAUAGAAAGGAAGUGAUGUCAGGAGGAGUCACAGAGCCUUUGACAACCAGUGGGAAACCCAAGAUCUCCACAAAGCCAGUACUGACUAGCAAGAUGACCAGCAGUAUCACCUUCUAUCCCAAUGACCCUAGCUCUUCUCGAACUAGCAGUCGGAGCAGUAGUUUAUCAAGCGAGCCCCCUUCCAAGGAAAGGCACACUUCCACAAGUAAUAUUGUCAUCAGCCCCAGUAUUGAGCACAGAGGUAGCAUCUCUAUACCUUACGAAAUAUCCAUCCCUAAGAGUGAGAUUGCCCUACGUCAAAGUGAGGCUGAUGCUGACUUUUCUGAAACUCACAGUUACCUUGAGACUGCUCCUGUUGAAGCAUCCCUUGUAUCACAAAGCAGCUUCAGCCUCCAGUCUUCAGAAGCUUCAGACUUGAACAAUGACACAGAGUCUGGCUUUGAGAGCAGCAGUAGCAGCACCAUGACCAGCUGGAGAACCCACCACAAUCACCGCUCAUAUGAUGACACUUUACCCGAAAUGAGAAAUGUCACUGUCAGGAGCACUUGGAGGAGCCGUGGGGCAGCUUCUGUGGAUGAAUCUGCUCGAGCACUAAGGCAAGAUGGCUCAGAGGAUGAGGUUGAGUCUGCAACCACCUGGAGAGCGUAUAGGGCAACUACAGUGAUGGACACUCCAUCGAACUCCAGCACUGUUGCUAAUUGUGGAGGUAAACCAAGCCCAGUCGAAGUAUACAUGCGUAGGAUCAACAAUGCAGCACCAUCUGUCCCUGAACUGGGACGACGGAACAAGAAGACUGCUUCACCAGAGAGGGCUAUUGCACAUGAGCCUGUCAGUGCUCAGCAACUUCAGCCAAGAAGCCGUAAACACCCCAUGCCUGCAGAUGAUCGAGAAACUGCUCCGUCCCCAUGGCGAAGGCAGCCUGCGGGUGACGUGGACCUGUACGAUAGGUCUGGGAGUCGUGGAGCGUGGUCUAGCAGAAACCGCACAGCUGAUGGAAGCCGGUCCUGGUCAAAUCGCCAUCUUGACAACUGACCCAGAUUACCCACAUUUCCAACUAGAGUUCUUGCAUCUCAAAGCGGCUCUUGUGCCCAAGGAACCAAGCUCAUCUCAUCGUUGACCCCUGGGAACCUCUUUGUCAUACUCUUACAUCAACCACACCUGUAUUGAUUCACCAUCUUCCAGCUGUCAUUUGGGAACGGAAGUCACAUGUUCCUACAGCGAUGAAUCCUCUUCUGCUCCUCGUAGUGUAUUAAGUCUUCAGAUGUGACAAGGGAGAGGCGCAGACAUGUGACAUGUGUCUUGGUGUUUGAAAGAUGUGAAAGGGGCUUUGGAUCAGCAUUUUGAGAGCCCCACACAGUCCUCUCUGGUGCCACACAGGUCCUGGUAGAUGUCCAAACUUGAGUUUCGUGUGUUUUCACAAGGAGCAAGUUACAGGCUUUUUAAAGUAGUCUUUUUUCUGGAUGGUGCUUAAUUCAGGAAUUCAUUUGGAUUAUUGCACACAGCUAAAAUGUAUUGAUUAUUCAGCAAUCUCAUGUAGAGCCAGUAAUCAACAACAUGCUAAGUCUUUAGUAUGCAUUAAUGUACAUAAGUUUUCAUGCCCAGUGCCCAAGUUUAUUUGAUCUCAUUUGUAAUUUGCUCCUUGUUGCUGAUCAUGUCUAUUGAACUGUAUACUUUUACUAGUCUGUUUAAUUCCUUUAUCUUCAUCUCUUUAACUGGAUUUGAUGGUUUCAUAACCAGCAUAGCGAAUUCACAGGACCACCAACACUAAAAAGCUGGGAAACGCAUCUGCAUGUUGAAUCUUCCCAUCUCAGUAGCUCUGAAGGGAUAUUGGUUUUGGAUUCCAAACCAGCUAGAGAAGAAUCCUAUCAUCUAGAGCUUGUCUCGGUGUGACCUCGUCUGUCUGGGUAGCUAACUAGGAUUAACCCAAAUGCUGGACAUUUAUGGAGGAUUUUCAAAGCGGACUCCUCACAGCCGUUUUGUGACUCUACUCGCAAACUUUGCACAGAAAGACUCUCAGUACGUCACAGGAAACCAGCGUUAGAGAUUCUGCUGGUCCGAGGCAGUCUAAAAAAAAAAACCCUAGAUGGGUCGUGUUUUCAGUUAUUUCAGCUGUAAAGCUUGUUGAGCCUUGAGGGUGGCUAGCAUGACACCACAGAGGAUCCAGAAUGCUUAAGUUAGGAAUGCCUGUGCCUGGAUAAACGACCUCACCAUUGAAAACAUUGGAAUGCCCAUCACUUUGUCCUUGUGCGGAAAUAUUAUUGAAUAGAGCUGCUGCAGUUGAAAUGUCUUGUACUGUUUCUAUUAGGUUUUAAACUCUAGUGCCGCCAAUGAUUUAUUUUCUCGUUCAGGCUCAGAUUCCUCUUGCCCUUGAAGUGUCUGUGUUUAUUAAUAUCUCUCUUAUACAAUACCAUGUCUCGAUUGAACCCGACAAUGACAGCCAAGGGUCCGCCAGAUGAUCUGUCUCCAACGUCACUGGAAUGUGGUUAUUUUUUUAUUGUUUUAAUCUAAAGCUUUGUGUAAAGUUUUGGGAGUGAAUGGGCAGUGUGCUUUCUUUGCAGCAUAUUCCUUGGUUAUCACCCUCACGGUCAGUUUUGCUUUUUUCUGGUUUCGCGUGCUUCUGUGUCCUGUAUUUAUCUCUCUACUUGGGCUGGAUGGAGUCUUUGAAACACUUUUUGUUUAUCGAUUGAUCCAUUUUAUUUAAGCCAUUCUAAAGAAUUUGUAAUUGCUUAAUUAAUUAAAACAGUACAAAAACUAAAUCCAGACUAAAUCCUUGUAAAAAUCAGUCAUUUCUGAUGUAUAAAUAACGUUUUUACUGCUUUAGUUUGGAUUAUACCUCAGAAAUGGAGACUUAGCAGCAAAAAGUGUAACGAAUAAUGUAAUGAUUUUAACACCCAGAAUUAAUUUUCUACACCAUAUAUUUUUUUCAUUAAUUUCUGAAAGUUUUUUUUUUUUUCUCCUUAGACUUUGUCGGUGGUUUGGCGUUGUACUUUCUAAAUUUUGGUGUCUGCUUUGUUCUGCACUGUAAAACCAAGCAUCUGUCUUUCCAAAUGCAUCCCCCAGACUUCACCUCUACUUCCUGUUCAGGGGUCUUGGGCUGAAGUGAACAUGCUGGUUCCUGUAUCUCAUGCCCUUGCUUUCCCAGAAUACCUCAGUGCUCUGGACUGCUGUAAUCCAAGAUGCUGGUCCCUAAAGCCGUUUUAUUAGCUGGCUAAAGCAGUGGCAGCAGGCCUGAUAUACGACCCCAGUGUUGGUUGCCGGUCGUAGGUCAGUGCUGCAUUUGAUGGGCGUAUAACUUGUAAGGGAGGAAGUGAGACUAGCUGGCAGCAAAAGAGGAAGCAGAAAGGCUGAACGGCCAACUCUUUGGGAUCCAUGUGUGGUACCAAGAGGGUCAGCCUGGAUUCUGUAGAGUUUUAGCCAUUUCUCAACUUCCACAAAUAGUUUGAGGCAUUAUAAAUUGUAAAUCCCUCUAUAAUAAAAUUGUACCCGCUCGAAGCUUGCAAACAUGAUCCUAAAACUGCAGCAUGACCCAAAUGGAUGUGAUGAUAUAGUGCGAGUCUGUACUGGAAAUACCAGCAGACUCUUCCCUCCCAACCCCCCGGCCAGGCAAAGGUCUCUCGGCUGCUCUGUGGCUUCAACGCGCAACCACAGCUGUCGGAAACCGUAGUUUUUAUGUGCUCACAAGACAGUCCAAAGUUUCUGAAAGAGGUCUUUUUAAAGAGGCCGACUGAAGCCGCAAUUCUCAAGGAAUUCUUCCUCAUUUCUCAACCCCAUUUACUAAUGUGUCAGUGUGCCGUUCGCCCUCAGAAGUCAUCUAACACAUGUCUCUGAUUUUCAUUCCUCCACUUCUGUCUUUAGCUCUCUGUGGAAAUGAUGGCUACGAGUUUGUAUUACACGUCUCAGAACGGAUCAAAGGUUCAUAUAGUUUCACAUACUGUUCGAUUAAAAAAUGAAAUCAUGAAAAUAUAUCUCUACGUCAAGGUUUUUCCAUCUGCAUCACUUUUGUGUACAUUUGAGGUCAAUCUUAGCCUAGUUAUAACGCCAGUCGGUUAGCAUAACCAUGUUUAGCUUCUGACGGUUGGUGAUGACUCAGAAUGGUUUUUAAUCAUUUUUAGUGACAAUUUUCUAAGCCUUAUUGAGGAGAGUGGUUGUACUUUUUUUUUCUAAAUGUCAUUUAUAAGCAAUAAAGUAAUAUUGAAUGUACAGAAGAGAAAUUUUGAAGGCUGUGUUAUACCCGCAUUGUGAGCCGGCAUUGGUCCUGAAAGGUCAAAAAUAGGUCAUGGUGUCAUGAAAUAUCACUCCAGAAUCUGCACUUAACCAGCACUUAACGUAAAAGACUUUUAACCUUUUCCUUAACCUUUAUGGAUUUCAUUUUCUAAUAAGCCUGUUUCUCCCCUAGUUCACUUCCCCCUAAUUAAUUGAAUGUACAGCCAUCAAAGAUGUGUAUAUAUAUAUGUAUGUGUAUUUGUGCACUGGCCAAAAUGAAAGAAUAAGUUCACCUGCAGCAACCGAGAAACAGAUCUUGUAUUUUUGGGGUUGACUGUCCAGUCCACAUCAUUUGUAUAGACUGCAAGUGUUUUAUUUUAAUUUGUCAUUUAUUUUUUUUUUUUUUUUUCUGUACGGCCAAGUGCUCUGUAUUGUCUGUUUUAGUUGACACUUAACGUGCCAAAAAUCAUUCCAAGAUAUUUUUGUAGUUUACAAGGAAACAAACAGCUUCUUAAGCAUUAUUGAAAUUAAAAGGGUAAAUAUUUCUGUCGUCAAGCUUUUCAUUCUUUAUCUGCUUUUUAGUUUUUUCAAACUACAAUUGGAUAGGUUUUAUUUAAAAGUAUCUUGUAAUUUUGUAAAGUGGGCCAUGUUUAAGAUAUGUCAAUUUUUUCCCUUUUUUGUUUAUUGUGUAGAUGUGUACCUUAUUGGGCUCCUGGAGAGUGUUUUUGGAUUAUUAAUUUCAGUAUGAUGUUUUAUUCACAAUUUGUAUGAACUAUUAAAGUUAGAAGACUCAGUUAAAAGUGUUAAUUCACCAGCUUUUCAAACGUUGCUUUUUUUCCUUUCAUUCUAAGGGAAGUGUUUAGGUAAAGUAAGAUGGAUAUGUUGAGCCAGAGGCUCAGUUUGGUUCAGUUCUGUACUCCUCUUUUAUUAUCCGUUCAGACUGUGGGUUUCCCUUCUGUUCAUUCAGGGUUCAUUCAUCUCCUGUGCCGUAUUAAAAGCGCUGCCAAAGACAGAUUUCAGGCCUUAAACACACACAUACGAAAACUUGCUCUAAAAAACACACACACACACACACAGACACACAGUAACUGAAAUUAAAGUUCACUGAUUUUUGCUUACACCGUCUCUCUAAGACACUGCACAUAUAAAUACAGGCCUGCAUCGUCAAAGAAGGGAGAAAAAGAAUGGUUAUGAAGCAGAUGUUGGUAUAGCGUGAACCUGCGGUGAGGACACAGGUGAACAUGCUCAUUGUAUUCAGCCUCUCAGUGUCAGCAAUAACACUGUGUUUCAGUCUUACACCUUUGUACUGUAAUAUUUGUGCAUGUUUCAGCUUAACAUGUUUCAGCAUUGUGCAUGGAGCUAGACAUCUCUUUAGGCUGAACUGCAGACUAUAUGUAUUCCAGCUAAUAUAAUAAAAGCAACUUGUUUGUAA